AUGUCGACUACACCUUCACCCAGAGAAAGUUCCACCUCGCAAACAUCAAAAGGCCACUCGAGAUCCCGCUCCGAAAGCCCUGCACCGGCAGAAAGACCUGCAAAAAGGACAGCAACACACGACACAAACACCCAUGCAAAACGGCCCGUCAAGUUCCUCAUACUAUCCGACACACACGACGGCGACGACGACGACGAAGAAGACACCGCCUCUUCCUUCCACCCGCCAACCGUCCCCGUCGACGUCGUCCUCCACUGCGGCGACCUCACCCAAAACGGCACCCUCCCCAGCCUCAACAAAGCCAUCACCAAGCUCGCCUCCAUCCCCGCCCAACUCCGCCUGAUGAUCGCCGGCAACCACGAAAUCACCCUCGACGAGUCCUACUACCUUCGCCAAGGCGGUUCCGCCUCAACGACACACGCCGCCGUCCGCCACCUCGUCGAGCAGACGGCCGCCGCGCAGGGCGUCACGUACCUGCGCGAAGGCACGCACACCUUCACCCUUCCCAACACCGACACUACAUUCACCGUAUUCGCCUCCCCGUACACCCCGCAGCACGGCGACUCCGCCUUCCAGUACCCGUCCGCCCACGACCGCUUCAACCCGCCCGGCUGCGGCUCGACGACCACGACACCGCCCUGGGCCACCAACGUCGCGACGCCGCGCUCGGCCAUCCCUGCAGCCGGCGUCGUCGACAUCGUCAUGACGCACGGCCCGCCCAAGUACGUGCUAGACGCAACGGCGGACGGCAGGAGUGCCGGCUGCGAGCACCUGCGGCGCGCGGUCUGCCGGGCGCGGCCGCGGCUGCACUGCUUCGGGCACGUGCAUGGGGGGUAUGGGGCGCAGAGGGUGUGGUUCAAGGACAAUGACGGCGGCGAGGGGGAGGAGGGGGACAAGGGGGACGAUGACGAUGAUGGUAUGGUUUGUUUGCCGAAGGAGUUUGUGGGGAGGAACGAGGCGAGGAGGAGGGGGUAUGCGCAGCUGAGCCCGGCGAGCAGGGAGGCGAUGAGGGAGCAUGGGCAGACGCUGAUGGUGAACGCGGCGGUUGAGGGGGAGGAUGGGAGGGCGACGAAUGCGCCGUGGUUGGUGGAGUUGGAGUUGUGA